AUGAGCCGACUCGGCUUCCCGGCAUCGUUUGUUCAUCUCACCUCGGCUCUUCACACGGGUACAAGAAGCCAAUUUAUCGUAAACGGCUACAUGUCCGAUCCUCUUGAUGUCGGGUGUGGUAUACGCCAGGGUUGCCCGCUGGCACCCUUGCUUUUUAUCAUUGCGGUGGAACCUCUUUACGAGAUACUACAUAGCACGGUGAAGGGUGUUCGGAUCGCAAACACGUCGGAGACACUGGAGAUCAAGGUAUGCGGGUACGGGGAUGAUACUGCUGUUCUGUGGGCGGUUCCUCUGUGUGCCGGUGUGAGCAUUGACCCCACACUUUUGCACGGUGUUAAGCUGUUACAGGCGGGCGAGAGACGAAAGACAAACACGGUCAGGAGCCGAGCUCUAUUAGCCUCGGCUUUAAUCAUUCCUAGGGUCACGUUUCUCGCGAGACACUCGUGGCCUACCCGUGAGGUUAUCGACUCGUUACAGCUUUUGGUUAAGCGUUUUGUCUGGGGAUCGCGACAAGGUGUGCCAUCUCGAGCGUGGAUGAGUGAAGCACAGGCCGGUUUACGUGUGUGUGAUGGGGGGAUUGCUAUCCCACAUGUAGCAACGGAGCUGCUUGCUAUGGCGGCCAAUGCGGUCGGUAAAUGGGCAUCUUUUUCGAAUGGGCCAGCUCGAGUCGCGGGUGACAUAUUGCUGGCAAGGAGAGCUGGAGUUGAUGUGUACCUUACUCCGGAUAAGCCAUGCACAACCCCUAAGUUUUUUACGGUCUCCGACACCAUGUGGGCCAGCGGAGCAGCUGUGGUUCGUGGUGUGCAUAGCGUCCCUAUUGAUUUGUCUAAGGCUGGAUGUGUUGCAGCAACUGAGUCUCUCUUGCGUCGGCAUAUUUCAGCUGCCUACUGGGAGGGCGAUACGUUAACAUUUCGUAUCGAUACUGCCACGGUACAAGCCAUUGCAAGUAAAGCGGUCGGCGAGCAGUGCAUAAGUGGAACUUUCUGCCACGAGUGGCUAGCUCGAGCUUCAGCGUUCACGGUCACCGGCAAUUCGGCGUGCGGUCUCGGUCCUGUGCAAGGCGAUUGUGUGCAAUUAUCCCACGCUUUUCCUUCAACCGCGCUCACCAUAGCUCUUGAUUCUGAAACUGCAAAGAGCAUUGUCUUCUCGAUCAACACGAUCGUGUAUACAUCAGUCCCAGUCCAGUCGCGGUACGACUGUGAACUCCGAGCCCGUGCAGACAUCAAUCAGCGGGACUUCCGCUUUCAUGAUCAUCCUGCAUUGUCGCGACUUGUGCAGCUUCACACUGGGGCUAUUUGGCGUUUUAAACGGGCGAGGUACAAGGAGGCUGUGUCCGGGCAGCGUGUGGCACAGGGGACUGUGGAGAGAGAUCGGGCAAUCGCUGUUCAAGCUACAGAUAAUAAGGACCUGCAUGAUGCACUAUCCCAGCUGGAUUGGCGUGACAUUCGGGCAGUGAAGGGAGCUGGGGCUUCUACGGUCCAGACACUUUUUCGAUUGAAGGCCAACAAGCUGAAUUUAUGGAACUAUGUGCACAGUGACCGUUCUUGUCCACAUGGCGAGUGUCCCCGAGACGUACCUAUUAGCCUUCAACACGUCUUCUGGGAGUGCCCUAUUGCGAAGGCAGCAUGGAAAGACUUUGACAUUCGAUGGAGGCGUCUCGGCGACAACGUGCCUGCUAACCUUAUUGAAUCGUGCUUCAGUUUGGACCUAGACGAUACGCCGACACGUGCGUGGCGAACGGGAUUUGUGGAGGCUGACGGUGGCGGCGACAAUUCAAGCCAUCUGGUGUGCGCGACUUCGUCUCCGCCACGAACCAGAUGCGCUUCAAUCGACAUUGCGGGCGGUAAUUUGCGUUACAGUAGACAAUGCCUUGCGCGAUUUGGUUUCAUUGAGUUUUAUAAAUUCGACACGGAUAUUUCAAAACUUCCGAAGAAUGCCGCUACCAGGGCGCUGGCUGAUUGCCUCAAGGGGACGAUUGACGGGACGAUUCUCUCGCCAUCGAUUCGAGACCGGAGCGCCUAUGUGCUUUUUUUAUGGCGGCUCGCGUGGUAA